GUCGACUGGGCGCGGCGACCCCUAAAGAGAAAAACAGUGCACUGGCAGCGAUUUAAACCGCGUGACCUAAUCAGAGCACCUUCAUUGGCCCAUCGGGCUGCCAAUCCAGAGGUUCGGGGGCGUGUCCGCCGUCACUACCAGUCUUCCAGAGAGCAACCAAAAGGAGAAAAGGAGAGCGACGAAAAUGUCUACAGUGCCCGACGGAAAGAAGCUGGUCCGGAGCCCGAGCGGGCUCCGCAUGGUGGCCGAGAACGGAGCUUUCAACAGCCCCUUUUGCCUGGACGAACCCAGAUGGGUGCCCGACAAAGAGUGUCAAAAAUGUAUGCAGUGUGAGACAAAGUUUCACUUCACCAAGCGCAAGCACCACUGCCGGCGCUGCGGCCGCUGCUUCUGCGACAAGUGCUGCAGCAAGAAGGUGGCACUGCCCCGCAUGAGCUUCGUGGACCCGGUCAGACAGUGCUCCCAGUGCAGCCUCCUGUCUCAAAAGGAGAGCGACUUCUACGAGAAGCAGAUCAAAGUGCUUGUGGCAGGAAGUCCCUUCCUGGUCACUCUGGGAACGUCCGACAAGUGUGCGAGCAUGACCUGCCGCCUCUCCAACAACCACAGGUACCUGUUCCUGGACGGCGAAAACAACUUUGAGGUGGAGUUGGCUCGCAUCAUCAGCAUACAGGUCCUAACCGACACGAGCAAUCCCACAGAGAAUGAGUCUGAUGCUGGCGACGGCCUGCUGGAUGCUGGCUGCGCCUGCGAAGGCACAUCUCCACGUGCAGUUGGCAUGCUGGUCAAGUACAAGCCAUCGGGCUCUCAGGAAGUGGAGCUGCUGCGUCUGGACGCCGCCCCUAGUGAAGAAGAAAAGAAGGCGGCCGAGUUGUGGCUGCUGGCUAUGCACAAGGCCGCCAAGCUGCUGUACGAGUCUCGGGAACACCAGUGAGUCUUCGUUCGGGGAUCGAACGUAGCCGGCGGAAACCGGGUCUCCAAAAGAACCUUUUUCUCCUGUUUUGAGAGUUGCCAUCUCUGGCGUCCUUUUUGUUCGCGUCGUCUUUACCUUUCCUACUUUUGACAUCGGUCAUCUUGUUUGUCUUACAAAGCUCAGCAGGCGGGCCUUGACGUCACUUUCUGGACUGAAAGCGUAUUUGUGUGGUCGAUAGGAAAAGCAUCGGGGGAAAUGUAUUACUGCAGAUGUUUGGAUGUGCAGUUUUGACUUUCCACAAUAUUGGUCUUCCUCACCUUUGCAUUUUGGACCUCAGGGCUCUUAACCGUGCACCCUUACUUUGCAGUUUUGGAACAAAAAGUUGGUUUUCAGAGAGGGAUGAUGAUGGUUUUGUCAGGUUAGAACGUUACAAGGUUGACUGCUUCGGGUUAGAUCCGGACAAGAAUGCUACAAUUGAACUCUUGGGGACGGGGCUUUCAGUUGACAGUGGCAAAUUAGCACUUGAAGGGUAACGCUUUGAAGAUGGGACGGACGGGUGUGGGGAGGGGCAAGUAUGGUCCAGGGGCCCACAUCCGGACUGCUUCAAUCGUCAAUCCGGCUCGACAAGCAUUUGCGUGAAAACUCUCCGUUAGUAUUUGUUACGUUCAUUUGGCUCUAUUGCAUAACUACGAAUACUGCAGGUCAAUUCCCAUUCCCCCCUGCCCCCAAGAUAUAAGCCCCCCCUUCCAUGGCAAAGUAAACAAUAUAAUUUCCUGAAAGUGGACCAGGAAAAGAGCGCCCGAUGGCCCCUCAUGGAACGCCCAAUUAGUCCCCCGCCCAUGUGCAUCAUUUUCCCCACAACAGAUUUUUACAUUUUGAUGGUUUGCAGUUGGCCAAUAGCUAAGGUCUGCUAUACAUUGAACAUUUUAAAAUGUAACAAAUAAUUGGGUCAUUUAAAA